GACGCCAUGAUAUCCUCUACCGCCGGCGUGUACUUCACUACCUCUCUCUUCAAUUUUGGGCUGGUUUUGUUAGGGCUCAUACUUGUCUGCAAGUUGGCGAGCGUGGUGCCUUUCCUAAGACUUGGCGGUUGGUUGUCUUUUGUUAGACGGAGGAAGCUUCCUUUGCCGCCAGGACCACCGAGGAGCUUUUUCCUUGGUCACUACCGAACAGUGCCAUUUGAUGCCCCCUUCAAAAAGUAUGCAGAGUGGGGCAAACAAUACCAAUCGGAUGUGCUUUACUUCUCAGCAUUUGGCAAG